UCUGCCCCGUAUGUUUGCUGAGUAGGAGAUGGCGAACGCUGGCGCUGCAGCUGGCAAUACCUCCUUGGCGUCCCUAUGGGGCGAAGUGAAUAAAUCAGGGCAAAAUGGAGACUUCGCCCGGGCGUUGAAAUCCUUGAAUAAGAUAUUGCAGGUGGCAAAGGAUGAUUUAACAGCUCUUCAUUGUAAAGUGGUAUGCUUAAUCCAGAGUGGAAGCUUCAAGGAAGCACUAAGUGUCAUUCAUAGCAACUCUAAAGUUUUAACAAGUGAUGUCAUAGCGUUUGAAAAGGCAUACUGUGAGUACCGUUUAAACAGAAUUGAAAAUGCCUUGAAAACCAUAGAAGGGGCUUCUGAGAAAACUGACAAACUGAAGGAGCUCCAUGGGCAAGUGCUGUAUAGGUUGGAGCGCUAUCAAGAAUGCCUUUCUGUUUAUCGGGAUAUCAUUCGCAACUCUCAAGAUGAUUACGACGAGGAGAGAAAGACUAAUCUGUCUGCUGUCAUUGCUGCAAUGAGUGUGUGGGAGAAAGAAACGCCCGAGAACUUUGACUUGCAAGAGACGACAUACGAACUUUGCUACAACACUGCCUGUGCAUUGAUAGGUCAGGGAAGGCUGAAUGAGGCAAUGAAAAAGCUAAGAGAAGCUGAAGACCUGUGUCGACAGUCCAUUUCAGAGGAUACGGAUUUAACUGAAGAAGAUAUAGAUGCAGAGCUGGCUAUUAUCCAUGGCCAGAUGGCGUAUCUCUUGCAAUUACAAGGCUCCACUGAGGAUGCUCUUCAACUUUACAAUCAAAUCAUAAAGUUAAAGCCUACAGAUAUUGGAUUGUUGGCUGUUGUGGCAAACAACAUCAUAUCUAUUAAUAAGGACCAAAAUGUUUUUGAUUCUAAGAAGAAGGUGAAGAUUACAAAUUCUGAGGGAGUAGAGCACAAGCUUUCUAAGAAACAACUCCAGACAAUUGAAUUUAACAAGGCUUUGCUUUCCAUGUAUACAAACCAGGCAGAACAGUGUCGCAAAUUAUCCACAAGCUUGCAGUCCCAAAAUCCAGAGCACUUGCUCCCGGUGCUAAUUCAAGCAGCCCAACUGUGUCGAGAGAAGCAGCAUUCAAGAGCAGUGGAACUACUGCAGGAGUUUGCAGAUCAGCAUCCUAAUAAUGCAGCUGAAAUCAAAUUAACCAUGGCACAGCUAAAACUCGCACAAGGUAAUGUAACAAAGGCGUGUGGGAUUCUUAAAAGCAUAAAGGAACUACAGCACAAGCCUGGAAUGGUGUCGGCUCUGGUUACUAUGCACAGCCAUGAUGAAGACAUUGAUAGUGCUAUUGAAGUUUUCACGCAAGCUAUUAGCUGGUAUCAGGAAAAUCAACCAAGCUCUCCAACACACUUGUCCUUGAUACGUGAGGUUGCUAAUUUCAAAUUAAAGCAUGGAAGGAAAAAAGAAGCUAUUAAUGAUCUGGAGCAAUUAUGGAAACAGAAUCCGAAAGACAUUCAUACUUUGGCCCAGCUCAUCUCUGCAUACUCGCUUGUGGAUGCUGCAAAAGCAAAAAUACUUAGUAAACAUCUGCCCUCAUCCGACACCAUGACCUUAAAAGUGGAUGUUGAUGCCCUGGAGAAUUCAACCGGAGCGACAUUUAUUCGGAAAAAAGCUGGAAAAGUCCCUGGGGAACAAGCCAAAGAGCAAGGGCAAGGGGAGUUGAAGAAAAAGAAGAAGAAAAAGAAAGGCAAGCUGCCUAAGAAUUAUGAUCCGAAAGUUACACCAGAUCCAGAGCGGUGGCUUCCAAUGCGGGAACGCUCGUACUACCGUGGGAAGAAGAAGGGUAAAAAGAAGGAUCAGAUUGGCAAAGGAACCCAAGGAGCUACAGCAGCUGCGACUGCCGAAUUUGAUGCCAGUAAAUCAGCGAGUAGCCCUCCUACAUCUCCAAGACCUGGCAUGGCAGCAGCCGCCGGGCCAUCUUCAUCUACCAGCAAUGUUGUUCCACCCAGACAUCAAAAACCAGUGGGAGCUGCUGGAACCAAGAAGAAGCAGCAACAAAAGAAAAAGAAAGGCGGCAAAGGCGGUUGGUGAUGAGAAGAGGAAAGCGGGAAAACAAAAUUAACUUAUGUCUUACCACACCUUAAGUUCAUUGUAUUCUACUUUUUGACUAACUGCAAGUUCAUCAAACUUUUUUUUGGGGGAAAAACGUUGUUCUCAUUUUGCGCUUUAAAUAAUAUAUAUUUCUUUGAUUCUGUCAAAUGUUUUAUUUCAAAACAAUGUGGAUAUCUUCACUGUGCAAUGGGACAGCUGUGUCCGCAUCCUGGUUAGUUCUGGUCAUUGAGAACUUGGAUACGUGGCCAAUAGAACUUUUUAAUUAUUGAAAAGAACCCAACAAGUGUCUCCAUACACGUUGUUUUCAGUUAAACAAUAUGUGAGAAUGCAAUCACAUGUGUUUUUAUUUUUAAUUUAACCAUCGGGUGUGUAAAAUUAAAACCAGUUCAAGAAA